GAGGUCGGCGCAUGCCUAUCCGAUGUACGAAUUGUGGACGGAGACGAGCCGGGCUGUUGUUGUUGAAGAUCGCGUUUAUGAACAUUAAGAAGUAGUGCGGCAACUGGCUCAGCAGUUCGCAUCAUCUAUCAGGAACACAACCGCCGGCAUGGGGAGGGCUUGCCACUACUGCCUCAAGUACCUGCUGUUCGUCUUCAACCUGGUCUUCUGGCUUGGUGGCUGCGGCGUGCUGGGAGUCGGCAUCUGGCUGUCCAUCACGCAGGGCGGCGUGGCGGCCGUGUCUCCCAACCUGCCGCUGCUGUCGGCCGCCAACCUGCUGAUUGCGCUGGGCGCCGCCGCCAUGCUGCUGGGCUUCCUGGGCUGCCUGGGCGCCAUCAAGGAGAAUCCGUGCCUCCUGCUCACCUUUUUCGUGCUCCUGCUCGUCGUGUUCCUGGCCGAGUUUGUGGGAGGAGUUCUGUUCUUCGUGUACCAGGGAAAGAUAGAGGACUGGGCCCAGGACGACCUGAGGCAGGGCCUUCACCUGUACGGCACCGAAGGCAACGUGGGUCUCACCAACGCGUGGAACACCCUGCACUCCGAGGUUGGCUGCUGCGGUGUGCACAACCACACCGACUGGUUCGCUGUGUUCGGUGAGCGCCGCGUGCCGGACUCGUGUUGCCGGGACCCUGCCAGUGGCUGCGGUUCCGUGCCAAGCUCUGCCUACGCCAGACCGGGCUGUUAUGAAAAGUUGAAGUCGUGGAUCAAAGACAAUCUCGCCUACGUUGGAAUCUUUUGCCUCGGAAUCGCGACCAUUCAGAUCCUGGGCAUGGUGUUUUCCAUGACAAUGUUCUGUCACCUUCGAGCCGAGGAGAAAGACUACGAGUGAUGGAGUCCAGCUGGUGUCCGCGUGUGUGUGCGCGUGUGUGUGCGCGUGUGUGUGCGCGCGUGUGUGCGCGCGUGUGCGUGUGUGUUUACUUGUCUUGAGUACAUGUGUGAGCAUGUAUGUGUGUGUGUGGCGAGCCGGUAGUGCAACGUUUAGCGCGCUGCGCUACGAACCCGGCGACCAGAGAUCGAUUACCGCUCACGGCCAACACCAGUGACGAU